GGGUGCACUCUUGAUAAGACGGUGAUUUGCUGAGACGCUGUCAGUGCUCCGGGAAGAUGUCUGUUCUGUGCGUCUUGGUUUUGGUUAUGGCUUCUGCGGCCUGGGCUCAGACAGUCGAGGAAAGAGCCAAAGAGUUCCUGCAGAAAUUCGAUGAGGAUGCAUCCCACCUCAUGUACCAGUAUAGUCUCGCAUCUUGGGCCUACAACACGGACAUCACAGCGGAGAACUCCGACAAACUGGCAGCACAGGGAGCAAUCUGGAGUGAAUACUACUCUAAAGCAUCCGAGCAGUCCAGUGCUUUCCCUAUCGAUCAGAUUUCUGAUCAAGAGGUUAAGCUCCAGCUGCGAUCACUCCAGGAUAAAGGGUCCGGUGCGCUGUCACCAGAUAAAGCCAGCUAUCUAAAUAAAGUCAUGAAUGAGAUGAGUACUAUUUAUGGCACAGGAACCGUGUGUAAAAUCGAUGACCCCUUCGACUGCGAGAAUCUGGAACCAGGCUUGGAAGCAAUCAUGGCUGACAGCAGGGACUACUACGAGCGGCUGCAUGUGUGGGAAGGCUGGCGGGUGCAGGUGGGCAAGAAGAUGAGGCGACUCUAUGAAGACUAUGUGGACUUGAAGAACGAAGCUGCCUGGCUGAACAAUUUUAAAGACCAUGGAGACUACUGGAGAUCUAAUUAUGAAACAAUUGAUGAGCCACAAUACAGCUACACUCGAGAUGAACUGAUGACAGAUGUGAGACGCAUAUAUCAUGAGAUUCUGCCUUUGUACAAAGAGCUUCAUGCAUAUGUGAGAGCCAAAUUGCAGGACGCCUAUCCUGGCCACAUCGCCUCUAACGGAGGUCUUCCAGCCCAUUUGCUUGGUGAUAUGUGGGGAAGGUUUUGGACCAACCUUUACUCACUCUGUGUCCCUUAUCAAGACAAGCCUGAUAUUGACGUGACCUCAGCGAUGAUAGCACAGGGCUGGAAAGAACAGCGGCUGUUUGAGGAAGCAGAAAAGUUCUUCGUAUCCGUGAACAUGUCGGCCAUGUUUCCUAACUUCUGGACAAACUCAAUGUUCGUAAAACCCAGUGAUGGCAGGAAAGUGGUGUGUCACCCCACGGCAUGGGACAUGGGCAACCGUGAGGACUACAGAAUCAAGAUGUGCACUACAGUGAGCAUGGACCAUUUUCUAACCGCGCAUCAUGAGAUGGGACAUAACCAAUACCAGAUGGCCUAUCGAAACCUACCUUACCUUCUCAGAGACGGAGCCAACGAGGGCUUUCACGAAGCAGUGGGCGAGAUCAUGAGCCUGUCGGCCGCAACCCCAUCUCACCUGCAGUCACUGGGGCUCCUGUCGCCCGACUUCAUAGAAGACACAGAGACUGAAAUUAACUUCCUGAUGAAGCAGGCCCUUACCAUUGUGGCAACUUUGCCAUUCACCUACAUGCUGGAGGAAUGGCGUUGGCAGGUGUUUCAGGGGACUAUCCCCAAAGAGCAGUGGAUGCUCCGCUGGUGGGAGAUGAAACGAGAGCUGGUUGGUGUGGUGGAGCCUUUACCUAGAGAUGAGACGUAUUGUGACCCACCUGCUCUUUUCCAUGUGUCUGGGGAUUACUCAUUUAUCCGAUACUUUACGAGAACGAUCUACCAGUUCCAGUUUCAGGCUGCGCUUUGCCAGGAAGCUGGCCACAGUGGUCCUCUUUACAAAUGUGACAUCACAAACUCCACUAAUGCUGGCAACAAACUUAGGCAUAUGCUCGAGUUGGGCCGAUCAAAAUCCUGGACACGGGCUUUGGAGGACAUCUCGGGUGACACCAGGAUGGACUCCCAACCUCUGAUGAACUACUUCAGUACACUGUAUGACUGGCUUAAGGCUGAAAACCAGAAAAACAACAGACAACCAGGGUGGGAUGCUGCUAUCGAUCCAUACUCUGAAAAUGCUAUUAAAGUGAGAGUGAGUCUAAAAGCUGCCCUGGGAGAUAAUGCAUACCAGUGGAAUGGCAAUGAGAUGUACCUCUUCAAGGCCUCCAUGGCCUUUGCCAUGCGACAAUACUAUUUAGAGACCAAGAAUGAAGUUGUCGAUUUCAUGGCAGAGAAUAUCUACACAUACAAAGAAACUCCAAGGAUCUCUUUUUACCUGGUGGUGACUGAUCCUACUAACGCAACUAGGAUUAUUCCCAAAGCAGACGUGGAGGCCGCUAUCUGGCUCUCCAGAGGUCGCAUCAAUGGGGUUUUUCAGCUGACAGACGACACGCUGGAGUUUGAAGGCCUGCGUGCCACAUUGGCUCCUCCCACAGAGCCACAGUUUGAAGUGUGGCUGGUUGUUUUUGGCGUGGUGAUGGCCUUGGUGGUUUGUAUUGGCGUUUACCUCGUGGUCAUGGGCACCGUGAACAGGAAGAGGAAAGCCAAGAAAGCGGACAAGCCUGAGAACCCGUACGAGGAACAUACUAACGGGACGGUGAACAAAGCUUAUGAGAGCGACAGUGAGCAAACGGGGUUUUAA